AUGGGAGUAACAAAAAAACCUGACUUGAACGAUCCUGUAUUAAGAGCUAAAUUAGCUAAAGGUAUGGGUCAUAAUUAUUAUGGGGAACCCGCAUGGCCCAAUGAUCUUUUAUAUAUUUUUCCAGUAGUAAUUCUCGGUACUAUUGCUUGUAACGUGGGCUUAGCGGUUCUAGAACCUUCAAUGAUUGGUGAACCCGCGGAUCCAUUUGCAACUCCUUUGGAAAUAUUACCUGAAUGGUAUUUCUUUCCUGUAUUUCAAAUACUUCGUACAGUACCUAACAAGUUAUUGGGUGUUCUUUUAAUGGUUUCAGUACCCGCGGGAUUAUUAACAGUACCGUUUUUGGAAAAUGUUAAUAAAUUCCAAAAUCCAUUUCGUCGUCCAGUAGCGACAACCGUUUUUUUGAUUGGUACUGCAGUAGCCCUUUGGUUGGGUAUUGGAGCAACAUUACCGAUUGAUAAAUCCCUAACUUUAGGUCUUUUUUAA